AUGCAUUGUGAUGCGGCGUGGCAGGGUUCAGAUGAGGAAUGCCGACAGUUGGCCGAGAAGGUGUUGGUAUCCACAGGUCUCCUAGCUCGAUUGAACAACCUGGGUGGCAAGAAGGAGCACAGUGAAGAGCCUUUCUCAGCUGGUGCUUGGCUUUCACACGGCGACGGCGACUUGGAACCCCUGCAGGACUACCUCUUGGGUGCUGAUCCUGAUGAAAAGGCUAUGCGACAGCUGGAAACAGACCAUCGCUUCAAACAAGCGGAGCGCGCACGUGCAGAGGAUAUUGGCCUUGAAGUGUGGCGAGUGAAAUCGCUGGACCCCGUCAAGAGCCGCCUCUUGCCUUCCAGCGAGGGCCAGCAGUUCGGAGAAUUCUCAGCCGGGGAGGUUCUCAUCGCAGCAGAAAG